UUCCGUCGUUUCGCUCAUGAAAAACCAGAGAAGGGAAGAGGGAGGGACGAAGUUUACUGUUCAUUUACAAGAAAAGAAACGGAUUUCCUCACAAGCUUACAUAGCCUCAGAUUCUCCUCUCCUCUCCUCUCCUCUCCUCCCCUCCCAUUGCCCGACAUAGCCCUCUGCAUUGUACAUAAGUUCACUUCCAGGCUCUUCGAUUUUUCCAUUCAUUCCAGGUCCCACCAUGUCAUUGUCCCUCUUCAGGCUCUUCUUCCUCCUGCUGUGCUUCCUUCCUCUCGCUUUCUCCGAAGACUCUGCUCCCAGCUCUGAUGCUUCGCUCCCGAGGCCCUUGAUCAUCGAAUACCCGCAACCCAGCAAAGCCGUCGACGAGGAGCUGAGGUUACGGUGUACAAGCUGGAGGUUCGCGGCCGAGACGAACAACCUUAGCCCGUGGAAGACGAUUCCGCAAGAAUGCGCGGAGUAUGUGAAGGUUUACAUGACGGGCGAAGGUUACAGCUUGGACCUCCAGAGGGUCUCCGAGGAAGCCGGGUUUUAUGCGAAGAGCGUGGAGCUGAGCGGCGACGGGAAGGAUGCGUGGAUCUUCGACAUCGACGAGACUCUGCUGUCGAACCUUCCAUACUACGCCAACCACUUAUUCGGCUUGGAGGUUUUUGAUCACCCGGAGUUUGACAAGUGGGUGGAGAGGGCAUCGGCGCCUGCAAUACCGCCCAGCCUGAGACUCUAUGAGCAGGUGCUCCAGUUGGGCUUCAAGGUCUUCUUGCUGACAGGGCGAACAGAAAAACAUAGGGGCGUUACUGUUGAGAACCUGAUCAAUGCUGGGUUUCAGAAUUGGGAUAAGCUUAUACUGAGAUCUUCCGAAGACUAUGUAAAACUAGCUACUGAGUAUAAAUCGGAGAAGAGGGACGAAAUGGUGAAAGAAGGAUACAGGAUUCUCGGGAACUCAGGGGAUCAAUGGAGUGACUUACUGGGCUCUGCAAUGUCUGCACGCUCAUUCAAGCUUCCGAACCCGAUGUAUUACAUUUCCUAGCAGGACGGGAGAUUGUUUAUAGUUUACUCAGCCUAAUAAAUUUGUACAGUUGGAUUACAGUACCGCCAUUCUAUGCUUAAUUUGUUCAUAUCGUCUCUCUCGCUUGAUUUUC